AUGGAUCUCUGCUCUCUCAGGUAGACGAUACGAAACAAACCAGGAAGUGUUUACAUGAACACAGUCCGUGCCUUAUAUUAGUUUUAAACAUGACCAGUGAAGUCCGAUAUUGCGAGAAGUGCUCGUACUUCUUCCUCAAGUUCUCCUUAAUCGGAUAUGCAACAAUUUUCUGGUUGAUUGGGGGCUUUAUAUUGGCCAUCGGUAUUUAUGCAGAGGUGGAGAGGCAACGAUACAAAACGUUGGAAGGAGUGUUUCUGGCUCCUGCCAUCAUCCUCAUUGUGCUCGGUGUCAUCAUGUUUAUUGUUUCCUUCAUCGGGGUUCUGGCAUCUCUCAGAGACAACUUGUGCCUUCUCAAAGUGUUUCUUUACAUGCUGGCUCUCUGUCUCAUUUUGGAGCUCAUCGGUGGGAUUGUUGCUCUGAUUUUUAAGAACCAGACAGUGGACAUUCUCAACAAAAACAUCCGUAAAGGCAUGGUGAAUUACUAUGAUGACCUUGAUUUCAAAAACAUCAUGGACUUUGUUCAGAAAACGUUCAAAUGUUGUGGAGGAACCGAGUACAAGGACUGGGAGGUGAACAUGUAUCAUAACUGUUCUGCUCCUGGUCCACUGGCCUGUGCAGCUCCUUACACCUGCUGUAUCAUCACGCCUGGUGAAGUUGUUAAUACGAUGUGCGGAUACAAGACCCUGCAUAAGGAGAGAAUUGACAAUGCAGACAUUAUCUACACUCGUGGCUGCACCGACGCUGUCUUCAUUUGGUUAAUAGACAACUACAAAACAAUGGCUGGACUUCUUCUAGGCAUCUUUCUUCCGCAGUUCUUUGGCGUGAUCUUCACCUGGCUUUAUAUUACUCGUGUGGAAGAUGCCAUCGAGGAGUAUGGACACUAUAUGGAUAGUCUGCUGACGUCUGAUGGCAACCCCCAGGAAACCAAACGCCAAAGCAAGCUGGCCAAAUGCUGCAAAUGCAUGCCUUUGAUGGACUGAGUACAAACUCUUAAAAAAAAAAAAAAGGAAAGCCUUAUAUCCACUUCUAAAAAAAGGGAUUUUUACACUUUAUCCUGCUGUGGAUGAAAUGAACUGUUUGUAGCUCUGCAAAACACAACUGUGCUGUUACUGUCGAAAUUUCAGCCUCGGGUACACUGUGCCAAGCAAGUCAUUUUUUUACUGUCAAUACGUUUUUCACAGUUACACUCGGUGUUCAUCAUUUCAUCUGUCAGCUGAAAAUGGACUAGUUAUUUUGUGUCAAAAUGUCCUGAUGCUAUAGGACUGACCUUCUGAAUGAGGAUCAUGGUAAAUCACACCUGAAGCGCACACCAAAGAUCACAUAUAUUUACAUCCUACUGACCCAGUCAGAACAGCUUUUUCACAGUUUAGCUUUGUUUAACAGGGAAACUAACGUGACAUUUGGCGCCCUGUCAGUCUCGGGUUAUAAAAUGUCUUUUUAUAUUUCCAGUAUAUACACGACAACUUCUGCUGUGUGAAAUGUGGUGCAUUCAUCAUAAUACGGGUGCUGUCUCUUUUGUUUGAACGUUAUCUCAAAAAGAUGGGUUUAUAUUGUAAAUGCUGAUCAUUUCUAUACUUAUAACUUUUUUAAACGCAAUAUCUUGGUUGCAUCGCCAUAUUUCCUGUAAUUGCUUUUACUAAUAUUUAAUUUUUGUAAAUAUAAUGUCCAUUAUUACAUAAGAUUGAGGCUUUACCUAAAGCAGGGUUUCUUUUUUUCAAUAAUACAGCUUAUUAUGAGAUUAUUGUGUAAUCUUUGAAUCAGGGAUUUUUUUAAAUGAUCAGUUGUUUUGUUGUGGUUCUAGUGAUAUUUUAAACAUGCAUACAUACUGUACAUACAUACAUACAUAAAUACAUACAUUAACUGUAAAAAAAAUCUGUUAUUUUACUUUCUUUUUCUGGCUGCUAUGGUGCCGGAAAAAAACCCCCAUAAAAAUAACGGCCGUUAAAUUACAGAAAUUUACCCUAAAAUAUCAGACAUUAAAUUACAGAAAUUUACCGUAAAAUAUCAGACAUUAAAUUACAGAUAUUUACCCUAAAAUAUCAGACAUUAAAUGACAGAA